AUGAUACUCAAAAAACUGAGAGAUGGUCACUUUAUGCCCAAGGUUAUCCCCUACCUACAAGUAGAUAUAAUAGCUCAGACCCGGUGUCCCAAUUACAGCUCUGAACUCCAGCGGGCACAGACACAGAAUCGGACGGUCUAUGACAGCCUAUGCCAGUCUCCGCUAAUUAGCGAAUGA